AUGACUACUGAAAAAUACUAUAACGUGGUGCUAGAACCAAUAGUCUUUCAACAUCUAACACAAAUUGGUGAGAAUUUCCAGCUUAUGCACGACAAUGAGCGUUCACAUAAGGUCAAGGUACCAAUCGGCGUUCCACUAAGUCGGGUCGCUAAUAAGUCAGCCGUCAGAUACGUGCCUUCAUACAACAUCCAUUAUCCAUUCGCCGACACAGAUAUCGGCUCAUUUGCGAAGACAAAUGGCAGCCGUCUGCCUGCCUGUAUCUACAUUCCAUUUUCAAAAAUUGUUAGGAAAAAGAGUACAGAAUCCAAUAUCGUGAGGUACUGGCAGCAUAUAGAAAUACCAAUGCCAUCCUAA